UGAUAAGAAGGGGGACAUGCAUUUGUAAAAAGCGGUCAUUGUCUGACAUAACGUCUAGUGAGCAAUUCAGAAACAGAAAUGCUGGAUUUAGUGCCAUUAUUUACGACGAUAUUAAUGGCUGCAGCAGGUGCAGCAAACGCCAACUGUCCCACCAACAUCGCAGGGGAUGAUCUGGUUCCAUAUGGAAGCAGCUGCUACCAGUUUGUUCUCUACCAACCUAGCAGUUGGUACACAGCCGAGAAGGAUUGUGUGGGAAAAGGUGGUCAUCAGGUAGCCAUUAAUAACUUCAUGGAGCAUUCCUUCGUUUGGAAUCAUCUGCAGGUUCUUGGUGGACAAGGCGAUCAUGGUAUAUGGAUAGGCCUGACCGACCACGAUGGUGGAGAAGGGAAUUGGCACUGGGCCGACAACACUCCUCUCGGGUUCUCUAACUGGGCCCCAGGACAGCCAGGCGUGGUUGGUGGGUUGGAGGACUGUGUGAUGAUGGAAUUUAAGGAUGGACUUUGGCACGAUUAUCUAUGUGAAGGAUUUUCGUUCUUGUCUCAAAAGCAUGGAUGGGUGUGCGAAUUUUCGACUGUCUAGAAGUCAUGGCACAGGGUCAGUCAACUGAACGGAAAAAUAUUUUUCUGUGCAGCACCUUUAAAAGUAUUUUUGAAACUUCCCGUGUGGUUUUCUCUUCUUGUGGCAAAGAAACAACAAACCUUUGUGUUUUAUUGGAGCAAUAAUUAUACAAACAUAUAAAUAAACCUUCUCUAAUAUGUUC